AUGCCUUCACGGCGCACGUACAAGCCGAAGACAGUUUCUGUCGUCAAGCCGAAACCGGAUGGAAGUCGGCCGAAGACUGUGAACUACUACCGUGGCAACUACUGUCUGGAGACCAACCCUUUCACCAUCUUACACACGGAGACCUACAGGAACAAAACUACGAAAGAAAACAUGAAACUGUACUACCGCUGUCUCGGAGGAGAGAUGGAUGUUGUGGUCUGCGGCAAACUCACCAAAAACAGCACGGACUUAUGCACACUCUACGAGAAGAAAUGUUACAAGAUCUUCAGCGAAAGACCCGGCGACAUUGAAGGUGUCCUGAAGCGAAGGGAAAAGCUCAAGAAGUGCAUGGGUCGUUACUUUCUGGGAUAAAGUUUGUGAUACUUGCUUC